AUGGAUAAGGGUGAAGUCCUUGUAAGUUGUAUAUUGUAUCCCACUCCAUCCCAUGUUGAUGGAGAAGCAAGCACAAACAAGUGGAUAUCUCCAAAGCUGGAAAAUGUCUUGGUGCGUAUAUUUAUUACAGAAGGAAACUAUUUACAAGGGGGUGGCGGUGACACAACUGACACAUACAAGUGUUGGGUUGUUCGGGCUGCUCGUGGAUUUGGGCCCCUAAGUCUUGAUGCUGUUAAAAUUGGUGAGAAAAUUGUUGAAAAAACAGCAUAA